GUGCGGCUGGGUUGGGUGGCCUGAGCAGGGGUGUGGCCCCUCACAAUUCUCCUUCCUCAGAGACAUCCCAGGUUCUCAGCCUCCUGCAGCCUCUCUGGGCCUAGCUGAGUGUCCCCAGCAUGGUGCUUAAGGCUUUCUUCCCCACGUGUUGUGCCUCGGCAGACAGCGGCCUUCUGGUUGGACGGUGGGUCCCAGAGCAGAGCAGCGCUGUGGUCCUGGCUGUGGUGCACUUUCCCUUCAUCCCCAUCCAGGUCAAGGAGCUCUUGGCCCAGGUGCAGCAGGCCAGCCGAAUAGGCUUGGCUGUGCUGGGCACCUGGUGCCACCAUCGACAGGAACCUGAGGAGAGCCUGGGCCAUUUCCUGGAGGGCCUGGGUACCAUCUUUUCCCACGAGCCCUGGCUCCAGUUGUGCCGGGAGAGGGGCAGCAAGUUCUGGAGCUGCAAGGCCACCCAUUGGCAGGUGCCUAUCUCCCCUGGUGCCCCUGGCGAGGACCAGGUCAUGCUUAUCUUCUACGACCAGCGCAAGGUGCUGCUGUCCCAGCUGCACCCACCUGCAGCCCUGCCUGACCACCAGGCUGGGGAUGCCACAGCCAGCGCUGGGGGCCUGGCUGCUGUCUUCGACACGGUGGCACGAAGUGAGGCACUCUUCCGAAGUGACCGGUUUGAUGAGGGCCUGGUGCGGCUGAGCCACUGGCAGUCAGAGGGUGUGGAGGCCAGCAUCCUCGUGGAGCUGGCCAAGCGAGCUUCGGGGCCUGUCUGCCUACUGCUGGCCUACCUGCUGUCACUCAUCUCAGCUGCCAGCACCUGCUGGGUAUUCAAGCUGUGGCCACUGUCCUUCAUCUGGAGCAAGCUCUCCACAUGCGAGCAGCUCAGGCAUCGGCUGGAACAGCUCACAUUCAUCUUCAGCACCCAGAAGGCUGAGAAUACCUCCCAGCUGAUGAGGAAGGCCAAUAUGCUUGUCUCCGUGCUCCUUGACGUGGCUCUAGGCUUCGCGCUGUUGUCCUGGCUCCACGGAAAAGACCGCAUUGGGCAGCUGGCUGAUGCCCUUGUUCCUGUGGCUGAUAUGGGCUGGCCCAGUUUAUGGACAACAUGCCUCUCUGUGUCCUCCCAGCGAGUGGCUGAGGAGCUCCAGCAUCUGCUGCAGUGGCUGAUGGGCGCACCCGCUGGGCUCAAGAUGAACCGGGCACUGGACCAGGUGCUGGGCCGCUUCUUCCUGUAUCACAUCCACUUGUGGAUCAGCUACAUCCACCUCAUGUCCCCCUUCAUCGAGCGAAUCCUGUGGCACAUGGGCCUCUCAGCCUGCCUGGGCCUGACAGUUGCCCUAUCCAUCCUGUCGGACAUCAUCGCCCUCCUCACCUUUCACAUCUACUGCUUCUAUGUCUAUGGUGCCAGGCUGUACUGCCUGAAGAUCUGCGGCUUGUCCUCACUCUGGCGCCUCUUCCGGGGGAAGAAGUGGAAUGUUCUGCGCCAGCGGGUGGAUUCCUGCUCCUAUGACCUAGAUCAGCUGUUCAUUGGGACUUUGCUCUUCACCGUUCUGGUCUUCCUGCUGCCCACCACGGCCCUGUACUACCUGGUAUUCACCUUGCUCCGGCUCCUGGUGGUCACUGUGCAGGGUCUGAUUCAUCUGCUCGUGGACCUUAUCAACUCUCUGCCGCUGUAUGCACUCGGCCUCCGGCUCUGCCGGCCCUACAGGCUCUCAGCUGGUGUGAAGUUUCAAGUCCUGGAGCACGAGGCUGGCAGGCCCCUCCGCCUCCUGAUGCAGAUAAACCCCCUGCCCUACAAUCGUGUGGUACACACCUACCGCCUCCCCAGCUGUGGCUGCCACCCCAAGCACUCCUGGAGUUCCUUGUGCCGCAAGCUGUUCUUCGGGGAACUCAUUUACCCCUGGAGGCAGAGAGGGGACAAGCAGGACUGAUGCCGCCCGACUACCAGUCCACCCAGCACCACUGCACAGCCACGGUCAGUCCUCUACCCUGCUGGGGUGUCGUUGACUGUCAGGCAGCACAUGACCCUGCACUCUACCUUCCCUGCCCCCUGUUCAUCUGGGACUUCUUCAGGCCAUACUGGCAAAUAGCCUCCCAACUAUGAGGUUGAAUUUGAGGUCAUAGGGGUGGUGAGCAGGAGGAUGCAGGGGUGACCUGUGCUGCAUAAUAAGCACAGUUUACCUCAGGACCCACCUCCAAUCUGUUGUGAUGGCACUGUUAGCUCAGUGCCCACCAACCCUCAGGCCUGCCCAGGAACCCCCCAACCCCGACCGACCCUCAGACACAGACCCUGCCCAGGAAGGGUUUGCAGAGCCUGGCUUCUGCCUGCCAUAUUCUUUCUCAGUGGGGUGAACUGGCUGUUCCAUUGUGGUCCAAGUCUGUCAUGGGGUAGAGGACUCCUUCCUUGGGGGUUUUUCUGCAGACACACUCCUGGGUCCCUGACACCUCCCAGUUGCCUCAAAGGAGCAGUGGCCAGCCAAUAUGGGGGAUUUAAGCAACUGCUGACCAUUGGCCCAAACCACUAGCCCCAGUGAGGCAGGGCCCUCCAGGAAGCUGGAUGGCAGUGCCUCUCAUUUCCUGAAUUGCACAAGGUUACUUGUGAUGCUCCCUGGGGAGAUUGCUUUGCAGGAGGAGCCAGCCACAGGCCUUUGGGAAUCCCUGUGUGAAGCCAGGUCAUGUGGGGUGCUCAAAGCUGCCUUGCUAGAAGCUGAUUGCCCACCUACCUGGCUGUCUAGUUCCUGCCCCACACCUGCCCCAUGGCCCUGCAAGAGCAGCCCCCUUGGCCAAAUCUCCCAUCUCUCCUCACUAGUUUCUUGCAGAAGCAGGCAGCUCCUGGGCAGAUGCUUCUAUAGCCCCUGGGGAGGGGUUCUGGCACUCAGGCUGCAUCUGCCUGCUGGCUGGCUGCAGAAUCUGUGUGGACGUGAGCCACAGAAUCCCUGGGGUGAGGAAGCCUGAAGGUAUGAUGGCAUCACAUGUAUGCCAUAGUCGGAGAGAAGGGGUGGGGGUGGUGCUUCCUAUCCAUCAUGGGCACUUGGGACUGUCCAAUUCUGCCACCCACACUCCUUGGCUGCAGACCACAGUGGGGCCCCUGGGAGCAUCCUUAUCAGCCCAGCAUCUGAUGGGAUAGGUCCUGGCUCUGGUUUUCUCUGUUGUGACAUUAAAGCCUCCCAUGUUUGAGUGUGAUGUUCUACCUUCUCGUCGCCCCAUGUGCAGUGGGUCUGAGGAGCCCCCUUCUCCUGGGGUGGUAGGACUGCUGGUCCCCACUGUUUGUUUUGAGAUGACUACCACACCUUUUCUAGUGAUGCCAAGAUGGGGGACACUGGGCACCCUGUCUCCUGGAGCAAGCCUCUCUGCACGUCUGGUGGGUGGGUGUGUAGGCUCUGGCCCCUUGAAGAUGUCCCAGUGGUUGGGUGGACCCAGGGCCCCUUGCUUUCCGGUUUUAGCCUUGC